UUUUCAGACACCUCUUCGGGAUCCACAGACACACAGGAUCUUAAGUCCUAAUAUGACCAGCAAACUUGAGACUCCUUUUGCUCUGGAUGAUGAUAUUGGAUUAGAAAACAAUCACUGCGUCUGCUUACAGAAAGAGAAGCAGAUGGGGCCACAGACCCAAGUCCUCAUGAAGAAGCCACUGGCCAAAUGGUCAUCCAUUCAAGUCAUGACUCCAUAAGGCUAGAAUUUGACUUCUCUGAUGAUACCGCCAACCCAAAGGUGUCUUCACCAAGGAGACUGGCAGAGAGACCUGGCCUCCAGCUUCUUCUGAAGAAAUCAGAGGCCAGCCAGGAGCAGGCCCCCAAAGAAGCAGAAGAAAGAGAUGGGACCAGAGAGAGAGAUGAAUGUCCCCAGCCUGCUUCCUGGGACUCUUACCACCUUAACUGGGAAAAAUUGGAUGACUCAAACUUCAGUCUUUUUGGAGGUGACUCCAAGUAUAAUGGCAAAAAAGCUAAGUUCCCAGAAAGUCCCAAGAAUAGGUUGACCUUGCUUGUGGCUGAGCAGCUGAGUGCUGGGCCUACAGACGCGGAGAACUCUCCAACCCAUCAGCUGCCUUUAGCCCCAGUGGAUGAUACACCUGUGGUUCAGAUGGCAGUCGAGAUCCUAAGCGCAGAAGAUGGUGUACAGGAGGGAGUCUUGAAUUCCUCAAGCACUUCAGCUUCCACAAGUUUUCUGGACAGUGAGCUGGUGGCUCCUCCUGUUGAGCCGGUGCUGGAGCCUUCCCUUCAGGGACCAGAGCCUAUCAUGGAUGACAAACUGAUGGCUCCUCCUCCUGAGCCAGUGCUGGAGCCUUCCCUUCAGGGACCAGAGCCUGUCAUAGAUGACAAACUGAUGGCCCCCCCUGACCCGGUGCUGGAGCCUUCCCUUCAGGGACCAGAGCCUAUCAUGGAUGACAAACUGAUGGCCCCCCCUGAGCUGGUGCUGGAGCCUUCCCUUCAGGGACCAGAGCCUCUCAUGGAUGACAAACUGAUGGCCCCUCCUGAGCUGGUGCUGGAGCCUUCUAAUCAGGGACCAGAGCCUAUCAUGGGUGACAAACUGAUGGCUCCUCCUCCUGAGCCAGUGCUGGAGCCUUCUAAUCAGGGACCAGAGCCUUUCAUGGAUGACAAACUGAUGGCCCCUCCUGAGCCGGUGCUGGAGCCUUCCCUUCAGGGACCAGAGCCUGUCAUGGAUGACAAACUGAUGGCCCCUCCUGAGCCAGUGCUGGAACCCUCUCAUCAGGGACCAGAGCCUAUCUUGGACCCAAAUGAGGAGAGCUUCAGAGACCCAGCAGAAGUUCUAGGUACUGGUGCUGAAGUGGAUUAUCUGGAGCAGUUUGGAACUUCCUCGUUUAAGGAGUCAGCCUGGAGGAAGCAGUCUUUGUACUUGAAAUUUGAUCCCCUCCUGAAAGAAAGCCCUGUGCGGCCAAUGCCAGUGGUCCCGGUGACAAAUAGUAUACAGGAUGCAGAUGAGUCUAGCUCGGGAAAUCCAAUGGAAGCCAAGCUUGUGGACCUAGAUUUCUUGGGAGCUCUGGAUGUUCCUGAGCCAGGCCCACCUCUGUGUGUCCUUGAGCCUAGAGGUCUCCUUCCUGCGGAGCCUAUUGUGGAUGUGCUGCUAUACAGCCAGAAAGACCUGGAUGCAUUGGUGAAUGCGACACAACAGGAGAACUUGGAGCUGAGGAGCAAGUAUGAGGACCUCAACAUGAAGUACUUGGAGAUGGGGAAGAUCGUGGAUGGGUUUGAGAAGAUUGUGUACAAAUCAAUGGAGGAUGCUGAGAAACAGAAGGAACUCUCAGAAGACAAAAUCAAGAAGGUUCUGAAAGAGAGAGACCAACUUACUGCAGACCUGAACUCCAUGGAAAAGUCCUUCUCUGACCUUUUCAAGAGGUUUGAGAAGCAGAAAGAAGUGAUUGAAGGCUACCGCAAGAAUGAAGAGUCACUGAAGAAAUGUGUUGAGGAAUACAUAGUGAAGGUUGAAAAGGAAGGCCAGAGGUACCAGGCAUUGAAGACCCAUGCAGAAGAAAAGCUCAAGCAGGCAAAUGAGGAGAUCGCCCAAGUACGUAGCAAGGCCCAGGGAGAGACACUGGCCUUCCAGGCAAGCCUGAGGAAGGCCCAGAUGCAGAUCCAUUCACUGGAGAAGACUGUAGAACAGAAGACUAAAGAAAAUGAUGAGCUGACCAGGAUCUGUGAUGACCUCAUCUCGAAGAUGGAGAAGAUGUGACUGCAGCAGGCCAUCACCACCCCUCUGUUUACCCAUUUCUCUGUCUGUCUGAUUUGUCUCGUGUGUGUGUGUGUGUGAUCUUUAACCCCUGUUCAUUUCUAAGUUAAAUUACUUUGAAGACUAAAGUUUAAUUUCAAACUCAAA